AUGCGAUGCGUCGAUUUCCUCUGCUACUGUCCACUGCCUUUCGAGCUGCGUGGAAACGGUGACUGUCUGGCCCCGAAACCGAACUUGGGCAAACUGAUUGCUGCGGUGACGCCGACCACGCUUUUAUUCAUCGUCGUGGCUGGCAUCGGAGGCGCAUUUAUAUUUCGAAGGCUCUUUCCCGGCGACGACAAGAAAACCCCCACUGCCAUCGCUUCUCGGCGACCAGACCAGAAGUACAUGACCUCUUCGUAUACAGCGCGCAGCAAAGUGCCGACCACUUCCAUUUCGGUGCGUAGCGGACCUCUGAAAUCGUUGCGGCCGAAGAAGCCGAACUCGACCGCUUCCAACAACAGGACCAAUGCCCCGUCACCAACGUUCCCCUCGACGCGCCUGCUUCGCGUGCCACCGGACCAGUUGCGCCCGGACGCCUUCUCUCCGGGACCCACGAGCACGACGACGGCGAUGAGGAUGUCGAGCUUCACGCCUCCGGUGCCUUUCGCAAAGUCGUCCCAGAUGCUGGACAAGUCGUCCGCACGUUCCACGGCGCAGCCGCAGCCGUCAAGACUGUCGACAACGCAGCUGAUGAACAAGAUUCUCUCGUCAAGCGCUGAUAGUUCCGACGAGGACAACAUCGUCGUGCGUGUUUUCGAAGACUACACGUCCGCCUCGCAGUCGAAGUCGUCGAGGUCGCCGCAGAGGACGUCCCUGCCAUUUACAGCGGCCGUUAUGCAGCCGCGCGAGGUCCUUCCGUUCCGAAAUAGUGACGGUUCUUCACUGCCCAUCGAAUGGGGAACGUCGUCCGACCGGGAUCGUCAAGGGAGUUUAGCAGUGACUACUGGAGGCAAGCAAGGUGUCUCAAAGAAGGGCUUAGAAGAUGAUGACCCAUCGGGAAAGCUGCUGUUCUCCUCCUUCCGCCAGAGCAAGAACGUCACAUUCCUGGACGACGUCUCGCCAGUGUCCGGGGCCGGUCGCUUACAAAUGGACGAAGGGGAGACGCCCGGACAGUUGACGGCCAAGCGUAGCAUGACCUUUCCAGAACAAGACCGUAGUAUGAAGACCGGCUCGCUAAAAGCGGAGACGCGUUGGUUGUGUCAGAACGGGUUGGUUCCCGACACCGCAGCGGACGGGACUUCCAGCGGACACCAGCGGCCUCGGAAGUCGGAGCCUGCUUACCCUGAAGAGGCUCACACCACCGCGGGUGUCAAAAGCGACGAGGGCGAUAACAGAGUAGAGCAUCGUCGUGGCCAGUUAUUGUCGCGCGGUGAGCGCAACCGCCUCGGCCUGGGCACUCCCUUCGUGGGGCCCGAGGAAGGCUCCCUGGCGGAGUCUGCCUCCAUCCCGCUCUCCUUUCUGUCGUCCUGUUCGCCCAGCUUCGAAGUGCUGCCCAAACCGGACAUCGGCGUCGGCCUGUUCUCUGAAGCACUGCUUCAGAGUGCGGAAGAAAACGAAGUUUCUGCGGACGCCAUCUCCCAGGAAAAGCAGGAUGCCAGUCUCGUGGCAGAUUUCAUGGCGGCCAUCAUGCACGGAGAGUCUUCGAGCGACGGCGCCGCAGCGACGGCGCCCAGCGGGGCCACGGUACCACGUGACAUAAAUGACGUCGAUGAAGUCCCAGCCGGUGCGGCCAAGAAGGAGGUGGAGGGGACGCGUGUUGCCGCUGCGCUGCGCGUUCCGUCCUCCGAACAAAAAGUGGUCCAGCCACCGAGACUUUCAUCACCUUCCGUUGGAGAGCAUGUGGCGUCGGCUGCCGUAAAACAAGCACCCAGAGGUUCGUAA